UGUGACUGUAUUGUGUCAGGAGGUCAUGUGACCUGGAGGCUAAAAUUAUCCAGCAGGUCUGAGGUCAGAUUUCAUCAGAGACGAAGUAUGGAGGACGUCUGCUGGACGGUCACAGGGAUGAUCAGAGGGAGGUCGCAGCUGCAGGUCAGAGGUCAGAGGUCAUCUUACCUGUCCACCUGUGUGCUGUGACAUCAUACAGCUGACAGGAAGUGGUCAUCAUGGUGGGCGUGGUGGUGUGCGGCUCCGUGAGCUCCAUCAAAGCUCUGUGGGAGACGAGGAUCAGGAGGAUCCAGGAUGAGGAGGAGGAGCAGAGGAGGAGGACGGCGAGGGGCGGAGCCACAGGCAGACUGAGUUUGGGGGUCUGGGAGGACCGGGCGGUUUUGGCCCGGCUCAAACAGAAGCUGCAGACUGAAGACGGACGCCUCGUCCUCCGGAUCGAACAGGAGGACUGGAAGUCUUUGCCGGGCUGUCUGGUCCAGCUCGGUCAGGUCCAGGAGUGGCAGAUCCACCGGACCGGGCUACAGAAGAUCCCUCACUUCAUCUCCAGCUUCCAGAACCUUCUAGUCCUUGAUCUGUCCCGCAACGGUGUCUCUGAGAUCCCCCAACAGAUUGGGAAGCUGACUAGGCUCAGAGAGCUCCUGCUGAGCUACAACCGGGUCCAGUUUGUUCCUGAGGAACUGAGCGGCUGUGAGAGUCUGGAGAGACUGGAGCUGGCCAUGAACCGGGACCUCAACGAGCUCCCAGACCAGUUGAGGAACCUGAAGAAGCUGCAGCACCUGGAUCUGUCCAUGAACGACUUCACCUGUGUGCCUGAAUGUGUGGUCGGACUGCCGGCGCUCGAGUGGCUCGACAUGGGAGGAAACCGACUGCAGCACCUACCUGAAGACAUUCACAGGAUGGAGAAGCUGCACACUCUGUGGCUGCAGAGGAACCAACUGGAGAGACUUCCAGACAACAUCAGCCGGAUGGUCAGUCUGGACACUCUGGUCCUCAGCAGCAACAGACUGAGAGAUAUCCCCCCACUGAUGGAGGACAUGUCCAACCUCAG